AUGGCGACCACCGCUAUAGUAGGAGGCACAGGCCUUGUGGGAUCUCACAUCGUCAACACCCUCCUGUCCAUGCCGACGGUCUCACAUAUAGCUUUCCUCGCUCGCAGAGCACCGAGUAACUCGACCACACAGACGCUCUCGGAGUCGCAUCCCGGAAAGCUGGCGACCUUUGUCUCUCCGGAUCUCCCCUCAGCAUGGUGCUCGCAUCUGCGUACCGCAACCCCGGUGCCAGAGAUAUUCUUCUCCUCGAUGGCCACCACUCGAGCCAACGCCGGUGGACUCGCUCCCCAGCGUGCCCUUGAGCAUGAUGCUAAUGUCGAACUGGCCCGCGCUGCAAAGGAGGCGGGCACGAGGGUCUACGUUCUCAUCUCGGCCACGGGGGCGGAUAAGACAUCUAUGAUCCCGUACAAUAAGCUCAAGGGCGAUAUUGAACAGAGCAUCCUAGACAUCGGGUUUGAGAAGACGGUGAUCUUGCGGCCGGGUAUGAUAUCUGGCAAGAGGGAGGUGGGGCGACCGAUCGAAGAAGCUAUUUCGGGAAUAGGCAACGUCAUGGGGUGGGUGAGCCAGCCGUUACUGCGCGACUGGUGGACGCAAGAUGCGUCUGUUAUCGCACGGGCGGCUGUGAGUGCGGCGAUGAAGGCGUUGCAGGGGUCCGGGGCAGAGGGAGAGAAGAAGGUCCUGUACCUGGGUGGGAAAGACAUCGUCCGCCUCGGGAGAACGGAGUGGGAGGAGACUUGA